CGACAGGAAUCAAGGACUCUGGUUCGAGCCUUCUGCGGUUCAGCCCUCAGCAAUGGCGCUCGACCCGGCAGCAUUCGAAACCAUAGUCCCUUCCCGCUACAUCACAUUCACGCUCCCAAAUCCCCACCAUAACCACUUCACCGCCUCUCUCCUUCGCAUAGCGGUCAUCGAUUCGCCGAUUGCUACCUCACCAACAACAAUCGCCGCCAUGUUGGUCCCUCUCCGCCGCGAAUCAGACUGGGCCUUCUCCACCGAGUCCGGCAGCCUCCAACUCAUCCUCUCAUUCCCCCAAAUCUCCCGCCUUGUUCUAAUCGGAAACUGCCCCGAUCCCGCACAAACCACUUCAUAUAAGCCCCCAUUGCACACAGAUUCAUCUUCCGAGACAUCGGUGAUAGAAGAUAUGUUGAUGCCUCUUCUGUUCGCGUUGUGUCCCAAAGAAUCAUUUCAUCAAACAGAUAGCCGGCCUCCGGAAAUCCCAUUCCUGACCUACGAAGAUGAGGUGGUCCGUAGCCACGUGUUAGAGACUUGUAUUGGAGAUCAUGUUGGUGAAAUGGUGGUGGAGGAUGUAGAGCUGGAAGCGGUAGAUGGUGAUAGGGAGUUUCGAAGGAGGCUUCGGUUUAAGAGAAUGCCUCAUUUAAUCCAAACUCAGAUAAGAAUUCACCCUGAUUCGCCCAAUUUUGAUGAGUUAGAAACAGUGAAUUUCAUAGUUGAUAAUGGGGUUUUAGUUCAUCCUUAUUUGACCCCAAUGGUGGCUGGGCUAUCUGUAAUUGCUUCUUAUCUGGACGAGCGAAUACAAAGGGGAUAUAGGCCCAAAGCAUUGUGUUUGGGGGUUGGAGGAGGAGCAUUACUUAGUUUCUUGAAUUCCCAGUUGAACUUUGAAGUUUUAGGUGUUGAGGAGGAUGAGUCUGUCUUGAGAAUUGCAAGAAAAUAUUUUGGUCUGAAAGACAGUGAAUCAAUUCGUUUAUGUAUAGGAGAUGGAAUGGAUAUGAUCAGAAAACUAGACACUGAUGCCAGAAAAGAUAGUAUUCUGGACAAUAUAGAUGGCAAAUUUGAUGCCAUUAUGGUUGAUCUUGACUCAAGCUGCGCUGGAAUGGAAACAAGUGCACCCCCACCUGAGUUUAUUCAGAAACCUAUCCUUCUGGCAGCUAAGAGACUUCUAAGUGAGCAUGGAGUUAUCAUCAUCAAUGUCAUCUCUUUGAGCAAGGGAUUCCAUGAAACACUAAUAAACGAGUUUCAAGGUGUUUUUGAGGAGUUGUACGAAGUCGAUGUCGUGGAUAAUGAUAAUGUUGUUGUGAUUGCUACCCAAUUGAAGACCAGAAGAGUUUCUGGUGAUUCUGAUAACUCUUUCAUGUGUAAGUUGGAAUCUGCAAUCGGAGGGGCUUACAUGGAUUCUAUUGGGGCACUCUCAUGUGCUGCUGCUGGUGGCCAAGUCUCAGGAGAAAGUGCAAACUAUGUAGUGUCAUAAAAUUUUUGUUCCUAUUUCUUCAAGUACAGAUAGUAAAAUUGAAGUUUACUCAAUAACUUUGGAACUUGUACUUCUGUGGUAAGUGGUAACUCACAUUAACAGUGGCUGUAUUCUUGUAGGAGAGUUCUCUCUCAGAAAUGUGUAAAACAAUAGAGGCAGAUUUCCCUAAAUGUCUAACUGUAUAUGUUUCAAAGAAUUGAAGGAUUAUGUGCGUGUAAAUAAGAGGAUCUUUCUUACUCCCAA